AUGUUCCUGGCGCAUUUCGUCUGCGACAACCGGCCCAUCCAUCUCACCGACGGAAUCUGGGAGCCGGGGACUGGAGGACCCGGUGGUCCUACGAUGUUUGCACUGAAUCGCUCCCUCCUCUUCCGCGAGCGGACGAGAGAGGAGGAUCUAGCUGAAGCGGUCGAGGUGGUGAAGCGAGAAAAUCUGCGACGAGAAGUUUUCCCUCCCCCUCCGAUUGAUGGCGGAUCUGAAACAUGCCCGCGACGCCGGCUAGACUUCAGGCUGAAGAUGGCUGGCGGUCAUGGGAGCGACUGA